GAAAAUUUCAAAGGAAAACUAUGGGCGCAAGCUGAGUCCUUGAGGUACAGCAGGACUCGUUGACUCGAAAACAAAUCAAACAUACAAAAUUACUCCGACCAAUCUACAAACAGCUCAAAUCAAAUCCAAUCAAAUCAAUUGCAUCGCAGUGUAGUUCUUCAGAACAAUCUCCGCAGAGAAUCAGAAUUCGCGCAUUUGAAUUCUCUCAAUUAUCAAAAACAGUAAUCUCAUUCUCAUCCACAUAAUCCCGCCGCAACGGAGGGGAGCUCCAUGGUUGUGUUGUUCAAAAGCUCAUCUGCAAUUGCGAUUUUGGGCUGCUAAUCUACUACUCAUCCACUGAGAGCAUGUCGAAAUCGCUGCCCUAUUCGAUGAAAGAUGUACAUUACGACAAUGACAAGUUUCGCCAGCGAUCGAUAUGCAGGGUGAUCACGCAAAAUAUUUUAACCAAUAAUGUACAACGUGAAUGUAUAAAGUGCAGUACAGGGAAGUUUCUUGUGAUUCUGAUGAUUUUUGGCAUUACAUACCUUAUAUUGACACACACAAGCGAUAAUCCUUCUCCCUUAAAAGGCAUAGCCAAACAUGUCGGGACCGAAGUAGGUAACAACUUCUUCACAGAUGAAAAGGGCCGAUUCAGAAGAUUGUGGCCAAAGCCUCCUAGGCUUCCCCCUCGUUUAUCACCCGAUGAAAUAAUCAGUAGGAAUAAGACUAGUCAUGACAAGAUAGAUUCUGGGCCCGAUUGGAAGUCCAGGCAAGAAAAGGUCAAACGAGCAUUUAUUCACGCAUGGUCCGGUUAUCGCAACUUCUCAAUGGGAUAUGACGAGCUUAUGCCCUUAAGCAAGAAGGGAAUUGAUGGCUUAGGUGGUUUAGGAGCCACCAUUAUAGAUGCUCUCGACACGGCUUUGAUAAUGGGAAUUGACGAAAUUGCCCACGAAGCAGGCUCAUGGAUCGAGAAAAAUCUCGCGGAGAAAAUUAGCGAGAGAGGCCAAGUGAAUCUAUUCGAGACAACAAUACGUGUUCUUGGAGGUCUAUUGAGUGCUUAUCAUUUGAGUGGGGGUGAAAAUGGUGGUAAUGCUUCGACUGUAGAGCCUAAUCCGGCUGUUUAUCUCGAUAAUGCUAAGAAAUUGGCUGAUCGUCUCAUAAUCGCUUUCACAUCGAGCCCGACUGCUAUUCCCUUCAGCGAUGUUGUUCUGAGGGACAGCACUGCACAUCCUGCGCCUGAUGGGUUAAGCAGCACGGCCGAAGUUUCUACUCUCCAGCUCGAGUUUAAUUAUCUGAGUGCUUUGACUGGCGAUCGAAAGUACGCAGUUGAGUCUAUGAAAGUUUUGGAACACAUGAAGACUUUGCACAAAGUCAAAGGGCUGGUUCCUAUAUAUAUCAACCCUCGUACUGGGGAGUUUAGUGGGGAAAAUAUUAGGCUUGGAUCACGUGGCGAUAGCUACUAUGAGUACCUCAUAAAAGUUUGGCUUCAAAAUCUAGGAAGUAAUUUGACUUAUUUGCACGAGAUGUACGAAGAGUCAAUGAAAGGUGUCAAGGAACUUCUCGUCCGGAAAACUGUGCCCAAUGGAUUGGUUUUUGUAGGAGAAUUGCCUUAUGGCGCUCAAGGUGACUUCAGUCCGAAAAUGGAUCACUUGGUAUGUUUCCUCCCGGGCACUCUUGCUCUCGGUGCCACAAAGGGCAUGCUGAAAGAAAAGGCAAUGAGAGAGAACUUGCUCGAUUUUGAAGAUUUAGAAAAUUUGAAACUUGCUGAAGAUCUAACUAAGACAUGUUACGAGAUGUAUUCAGUUACUUCAACUGGUCUUGCUCCAGAAAUAGCGUACUUCAAGACCGAGGGGCAUAGUGAAGAUGGCUCUGGUGGUGGGAAUAAGAGUUCAAUGUAUGCUGAAGAUAUCAUCAUAAAACAAGCGGAUCGUCAUAAUCUCUUACGCCCCGAAACUGUUGAGUCACUUUUCUAUAUGUUCCGCAUCACCGAAGAUCCCAAAUACCGUGAGUGGGGUUGGAAGAUUUUCGAAGCAUUCGAGGAACACACAAAGGUUGACUCGGGAGGUUACACUUCACUCAACGAUGUAACUGUAGUUCCCCCACCCAAGAGAGACAAAAUGGAGACUUUUUUCCUGGGCGAAACACUAAAGUAUCUCUAUUUAUUGUUUGGCGAUAGUAAUGUCUUACCGUUAGACAAGUAUGUAUUCAACACAGAAGCUCAUCCUUUUCCCAUCCGAAGAAAUGAUGCUCUCACAUGAUAAAAAUUCAAACUCGACUGAAAUCAUCCCGAAUUUCACCAAAAGAAACAAUUUUGGCUUGCUCACACGACAUUUCUAAGGAAAUCAUUCCUCAAAGCGGGUGAAGUUUGGCGAACGAGUUAAAAAGUGCAGAAAGGCAUUCGAAUUUUUGCUAUCUUGAAGCUUAUUCUUCAAUAAUUCUUCUUUUCAUUUACUUUAUUGUGUACUAAAAGUUAAUACAGUUAACAUAUUGGGAUUUAAAGGCAGUGGAAUGCUGAAAAAUUCUGCCAAUUUAUUUACAGUUGACAGUGGAGUUAUACAAAAUUAGAUACAAUUUUUCCAUUGUACUCUCAAAAGUUACAUAUCGUCUCAUGAUUCGACUGUUAGAAAAUUAGAAUGCCGGAUGGUUUUUAUUUUCAUGGCUAUGUUGUUAUUUUAUUCCAAUCUUUUUUAUUAGCUUUGCGUCAUUAUCUGUUUCUGCACGGGCUUGACAUUAGAAACAAAUGAUCUCCAUCUCUUACGACACUUAUGUCGUCUAUUUCUGCAUCCUCUGCGUUUACUAACCUUGUAAGACUUUCGUCUCCAAAUUUUUCACCUGCAGAUUCACAAAGUGAUGAUCAGAUAAUAGUGAUAUACAGUACCAGGUAGAAUGAUGAGCUUUGGGAGCUGAUUUUCUGCGUGUUUUCUCAUUUGACACUUCACGUGAAUCGUAACCCUCUUCUUUAAUCCCGAUUGCAUUACUUGCACAUUAGUUGGAUUUUUGCAACUGCUCGAGCUGACAUUUGUGGGUAUUUUGUAAUUGUUGGCUUCAUGAUCCAUUAUGAGGUCGUAUAAGUUUAAAUUCGGAAUUUUUGCACCCAUUUGGCGAUUAAUUGUUUCUUCAUGCAGAUUGCCAUGAUCUCUAUCGAGCCAAUUCUUGAGGAUCAGAUCAGGAUCUUGGUGCUCCUCAAUGUCGAAACCAUUGUAUAGUUUCAGUUUCUUGCAG